UCUUAUUUGAUAAAAGUAUCACACACACAGAUGUUGUGUAUUGACUUGGUUUUGUUUGAUAAAAUAAGUGUGUGCAGUAGUGUGUUUGAUUUUGGGGGCUACUUUAAGUUUUAGCCUUCCACUUUUCACAUACCAUGAUAUUAUAAAGCAUUAUUAACAAAUAAAUAUAAUUAGUGAGGUUAUUGUUGUUUACUCGGUGUGGAUAGUGGUUAAUCACUAACCACAAAAUAUCAAUAUUUUGCUAACCACAUCUAACUCACUAUCCACAAAUUGUAGGCAUGGUUACACACAAAGUGUACGAUUUGAUGCGAUUUCCGAAUUACCCACAACCCCAAACCAAACUUCGACCCCUAUCAUCAAUGAUAAAGCCUAAGCCAGCUUUCAGACCUGUAUACAACUUCAGCCUUCCAGCAAACUAUUCUCUUAAUUUUCAUGCAAUAUCUUGUCCCCAUAUAAUCGAGAACUACGUCAAGGCCAAAGCAGGCUAAUCUCCACACUCCAACCAGCUCUAUAAACCUUACUCAUAUCUGAUCUGUUACCCCACCUUUCUAAUCAUCCCAACUCCAACUACCGGACACGGUUCAAGAACAGAGUAGAGCACUGGACCACGACACUUUUCUAAAUAAUGUUUUUCGAAAAUUAACGAGUAUGACGACACCUACCGUUCGUUCUUAGCUGCCAAAAAAUCUCCACAACGACAUGGAAGCUGAUUGUGAUGACUCAAAGUUGACUGACCCAUUCAAAGUCUUUCCCUCUUUGGCUGGUUCUUUUAUGUGGCUUCAGGUUCAGGGGACUCUCUGCCCCGCCAUCCACUGCCCACCUUGUAACUUGUAACCCACGGUAGGUUUUUGGAGCUGGUUUCCAUUCUUGUCAUCUUCCCCACUCCACCAUGCAAUAACUUACUACUAGCCAUAGCUUAAAGAUAACCUCUUACAUGGCGGCUGAGAUCUAAUUGGCUUAUACGAUUUCAAGCAAUAACCUCCACACAUGCAUCAAGUUUUCUUUUUUUUCCACAUUCAAUCUGUUGUAUGACUUGAAUCGAACUAUCAGUCGUUAUAACUGGAAGUCAUGGGGGUCUCAUCUCCUCUGUAAUCUGUAAUCUCCUCGAUAUAGUGAAAUCGGCUCUCUCUCGCCCGUGGACUAGCAAACAUGCAUCGUGUUAGUGAACCACGUAAAUCGUCUGUCUUAUUUUCGAUUCUCGCUUUCUCGAUUCCGGCGAUUUCCCGAUCUGUAGCAGUGCAGUAAUAACACAAUCCUCACUUGCAAGCAAAUGUGUAUAAAUACAGGAGAGUACUCUCUGGAUCCAGUCAUAUACAAUUCACUCACUAGCUAUUCUACAAGUAAAAUUCCAACCAUGAUUCCUUUCCUAGUUAUCAUGCUGUUAAUCCAACACUUCCUCUUCCUCCUUUCCACUACUGCUGCUGCUGGUAGUUAUUACAAUAACCAUCAACGUGAUGCAGCAGCUCUCCUCCAACUCAAAGCCCACAUCAUCUCCGCCUCUUCUUCUUCCGAUCAUCCUCUCUCCCGCAACUGGACCGCCGCGGCGACCGCCCAAGUCUGUAGCAGCUGGAUCGGCGUCUCCUGUGGACAUCGCCACAGGAGAGUGACAUCAUUGAAUCUGGCGAACAUGGGGAUGCAGGGGACUCUGCCUCACUACAUUGGUAAUCUCUCCUUCUUGGUUUCUCUCGAUCUCAGCGGCAAUCUCUUCCGUGGGGAUUUGCCGAUGGAGCUGUCUAAGUUGCGGAGGUUGAAGAUCAUCAACCUUUCUGAUAACCAGUUUGGAGGUAGCAUCCCACCGUCGCUUGGGGAUCUUAGGGGUUUAAAGGUGCUGGAUUUGGAGGGAAACCGGCUUUCAGGUGCCAUACCAACUUCAAUUUUCAACAUUUCUUCUUUGGAGAGACUGAUAUUGGGAAAUAAUAGUCUAUCCGGAAGCCUUCCGGAUGAUAUCUGCAAUCAGUUUCGGAACAUUGAGGUGCUGAAUGUGUCUCUCAAUGAUCUAGGCGGUCGAAUUCCAUCUUUAUUGGGGCGUUGUGGUAAUCUUCAGAACUUAUCGUUUUCCCGUAAUUGGUUUACUGGACCGAUCCCGAAGAGUAUUGGGAAUUUAACUGCAUUGAAGGUUCUAUCUUUCUCGUUCACAAAUUUAACAGGGGAUAUACCAGUUGAGAUAGGCCACCUUAAAAGGUUACGGAGACUAAAUAUGCGGCAUAUUGGUCUUUCUGGAGUCAUUCCACCUGUUAUAUUCAAUAUUUCUACUCUUCGAAUGGUGGCUCUUUCAGAGAAUAGGUUGCUAGGGGUCUUGCCACAUGAUUUGUGUUCUCAUGCGCGGGAACUUCAAGAAUUAUAUUUGAAUGGGAAUCGAUUUUCUGGAAGUAUUCCAGUCACUAUUGGGAAUUGCAGCGUUCUCCGGGAAUUAUAUUUGUAUGACAAUAAUUUGUCAGGUGAAAUUCCUUUGGAGUUGGGUUAUCUAAAUGCUCUUCAAAAGUUGGCCCUUGAUCAAAAUAGAUUAAGUGGCUUAAUUCCAUGGACGAUCUUCAACAUCUCAUCCAUGUUGGUAAUGAGUUUUACUCUGAAUGAAUUAUCAGGAAAUCUCCCACCAACAUUAGGCUCGCACCUUCCAAAUUUGGAGUGGCUUAGUGUUUGGGGCAAUAACCUCAAUGGAAGCAUCCCACCGUCCAUCUCCAAUGCUUCUAAGCUUGAAACUUUGGAACUUUCAAGCAAUUCAUUCUCCGGUCGUGUUCCCAAUACAUUUGGCAAUCUUCAGAUGCUACAAGUGCUCCGGAGUUGGGGUAAUAGCAAUCUAGUGGUAGAUCCGUUUUUCCUCACUUCUUUAACAUCAUGCAAGAGUUUGAAAAGCUUGGUGAUCUCGGAGACUUCAUUUGAGGGUGCAUUACCACCUUCCAUGGGGAAUCUCUCCUCGUCUUUGCAGUAUUUUCAUGGAUCUAACUGCAAGAUACAAGGCAACAUUCCAGGUGAAAUAGGAAACUUGAGCAACAUAGUUGAAAUCGAACUUUCAUCCAAUCGAUUGACGGGGUCCAUCCCACGGGAAAUACAUAAACUGAAGAAGCUUCAAUACUUGGGCCUUUAUCUGAAUGAGUUACAUGGAGUCAUUCCGAAUCAACUAUGUGAGUUAUCAUCAUUGUUUGGUUUAAGUUUGGGGGACAACAAUUUCUCUGGACAAAUCCCAGAAUGCUUCCCCAAUGUGACUUCCUUAAGAAAACUUUACUUGGGAUUCAAUAUGUUAAGCUCUGUGAUACCUUCAUCAUUUUGGGAUCUCACCUACUUGUUGCACUUCAGUCUAGCCAGAAACAAUCUGAUCGGUUCUAUAUCUCCACGACUUGGAAACUUCAAGGACUUGAUCACUAUGGAUUUAUCAGGAAAUCAGUUAUCAGGCGACAUUCCAGCAAGUAUCGGAGGCCUUACAAACUUACAAAAUCUGUCUCUUGCACUGAAUAAUUUCCAAGGUCCGAUUCCUGAAGCCAUUGGGAACUUGGUCAGUCUCGUGUUCUUGGAUUUGUCAGCUAAUAAUCUCACUGGUAUCAUCCCCAAAACCAUGGAGUCAUUGAGGUAUCUGAAACAACUCAAUGUCUCUCAAAAUGGGUUAUGGGGAGAAAUUCCAAAUGGUGGGCCUUUUGCAAAUAUGCCUUCGGAAUUAUUUUUGUUGAAUCCUGGCCUAUGUGGCUUACCCAAAUUUGGAGUGCAACAAUGCACACAAGGACACAACAAGCACUUUGACAAGUUACUAAUUGCAGUUGUGGCUUCAAUCGUCUUGUCACUAGCAAUUGUUGCUUUCACUUUGACAGUAAUGAUACGCCGCCGAAAAAAGAGCUCGGAAGAGAGGAACAAGGUGAAGGAAGAAUUAUUGGCUUCACUAACAUGGAGAAGGAUUUCCUUGCUCGAGCUUCAACGAGCUACUGAUGGAUUUGACGACUGUAACUUAUUGGGAAAGGGAAGCUUUGGUCGUGUAUACAAAGGUGUUCUAGCUGAUGACACCAAUGUAGCGAUAAAGGUGUUUAGUGAAUUGGAAGGAGAAGCUGAUGAUGAUGACAUAUUUGGUAAUGAUACUGAAUGUGAAGUUUUACGAAAUCUCCGACACAGAAAUCUCAUUAAAAUUAUCAGCACUUGUUACACGACUGGUUUCAAAGCAUUGGUAUUGGAGUUCAUGCCUAACGGGAGCUUGCAUAAGUGGCUAUAUUCACACAACUACUUUCUCGAUAUUUUUAAGAGGUUGGACAUUUUGAUCGAUGUUGCAUCGGCUCUUGAAUAUCUCCAUCAAGGUUAUUCCAUUCCAGUUGUUCAUUGUGAUUUGAAGCCAAGUAAUGUAUUGUUGGAUGGAGAUCUCGUUGCUCAUAUAGCUGAUUUCGGCAUUUCCAAGUUCCUUGGAAGCGGGGAUUCCAUGACACAAACAUUGACCCUUGCUACAAUUGGAUACAUGGCACCAGAAUUUGGCAUGGAGGGAAUAGUGUCAACAAAGAGCGAUGUGUACAGUUUUGGAAUUCUUGUGAUGGAAGUGUUCACUAGAAGAAACCCGACAGAAGAAUCAUUUCAAGAGGGAAUGAGCAUGAAGCAAUGGGUUACGACAUUAGUGCCCGAGGGAGUCACGAAGUAUGCUGAUGCAAAUCUACUGAAUUGCAACAGUAACAGGGAUUUUAAGUCUAGAGAAAGUUGCAUAUCUUCAAUUAUGAAACUGGCGUUAGAAUGUUGUGCUGAUACACCAAGGGAUAGGUUGGCCAUCAAUGACGUACUUGCCAAUCUCAGAAAGAUUAAGUCACAAUUGCAACAAGAUCUUUGUCGUCGAGCAUGAAGACUAUACAGGAAUAAAUGUAGGGAUUGUUUUAGCAUUCGGGUGAUUUAUUGAAUACAUUCUAAGCUUUGUUUGUGGCUAAUCACAUGUUUCAACUUUCAGUUGUCACUCAAAUCCUCAAACACAUCUACUUAUGCUGCAGGUAAUACUGCUUCUAAUUAAAGUGGAAAGUUUGCUACAUUUGUGCUCCAUUCUGGAGUGUAAAUACGUAGCGAAUUCAGCAUUGUGAUUUUCAAAAUGAUUCAAUUGCAUUGUGGUAAAACUAUUCAUCCCUCUUUAUUCACGACAUGAUUUCCUUCCUAAGUUUGUGUAUGUGAUUCUACUGAUUUGAACUUUGUCCAACUGCCGUUGUGCUGGCAAAUGCUGUUGGCUCUGGGAAAAGGGAUUCUCUCGUUCUUCAGCUGGCUAUGCAUGCUUUUUGUGUUGAUUUAAGUUGGAUGUGCUCCCUGUAUGGAUUUUAAAAAACUCCUUUGGUCUUACUUCAGCUUCUCAACUACACAAUGUUUGAAAUGCCUGACCAAAUUGAGUCUGCAAUAUCAAUCUUUGUGAACCUUGUGGGAAACUGAACUAGUGAAGUUGUUGAGAGUCCAAAUAUAUAUUGGUAAAACCGUAAUAAGAUGCGAUAUAACCGUGUCAGUUUGGUCUUUGGUAUGCAGUUUAACCGGUAUGACAGAGUAUUGUGGAAUCAGAUUAUAAGAUUUGAUAGCAUGGUGUGGAGGACCAUGAGCAAAUCUAGAAUAUUAGAGUGGCCGAUGGACCUUGCGACGAUCAAGGAAAAGGCGAGGAAGAUGGAGUACAAGAACAGAGAGGAGUUCAGACGCGACGUGUGGCAGAUCGCUUUCAAUGCCCACAAAUGCAAUGACGGGCGAAACCCUGGCAUCCCACCUCUAGCUGAUCAGCUUCUAGAACUCUGCGACUUCUUGUUAGGAGAGAGUGCGAGCGAGUUAGCUGGGGUGGGAAUGUAGAACAGUAUGAUGCAGGAGGCAGAGGAAAGUUUUUGCUUCAGAACUCUUUAGUAGGUCAGUCUCCUGGGGCUCUUAGCUAGCUGCUUCUGGAGUGGUGGCGAUUGGUUGAUUCUUCCCUGUGUAAAAAUACCAACUUAGCUGUAUUUCAUCUGUACAUCACUUCUGUAAAUGCUCCACUAAUUAGGAACUUAAUACAUUUAGGAAGGUAGAUGUUGGUCAAAAAAUAACGAGAUUUCGUCAAU